GAAAAAAGAAAUUUUCACAAGUUUUGACCUUUUCUGUCCAUCUCUAACAAGAGCCAAAGCCUUAAAUAAACUAGACUCAUUCAUUCCGUGGUUCACGAGUAUACUCACCCUUUCAUAUUCUAAUUCUCUUCUUUUCCUGCAAAAUUGUCUCUAUAGUCACCGAAAAUAUCACACCAAAAACUCCUCCAACAAACUCUUAAAUACAACGCAACAAACCCCUUUCAUUCAGAAUCUCUUCCUCCACAGUUACCAGCCAACGAGAGAUAACAAGUUACCUACCAUGAGAUCCAAUCAACCGUUCUACGAUAUGGCCAUGCCUAUGCAGCCUUCAACAAUGAAACGACUCAGAAACUCCACAACCGAAUCAAACACUCUUCAACCUCAACCUCAACCUCAACCACAACAGAAAUUUCAACUCCCAAAUCAAUCAAAUUUUCUUGACCAAUCCAUUCUCCAUCUUCGCAAUUCACAGCAAUCCGAAAUCAACUCUUUAAUCGCACAACAUACGGAGAAUUUGCGAACGGAAAUACACAAGCUAACAAUGAAGCAAGCAAGAAUGCUACAGUGCGUGAUCCACGAUUCAAUGGUGAAGAAACUGAAGCAGAAAGACGAAGCGAUCGAGGACCUUGCAAACGUGCAGUUAAUGCUUCAAGAAAGAGUGAAAACGUUAAUAUCGGAGAAUCAGAUUUGGAGGGAGAUGGCGAUGACGAACGAAACUACUGUAAAUUCGUUACGUAUCGAAUUGGAAAAAGUGAUGCAAGAUAGCGAGAGCCACCAGCAGCGUAACGGUUGCGAUGAUGCGGAAGAAGCGGAAUCUAGUUGCAGGAGUAACUGCCACGUGGAGGUUGAGAAAAAAGUGGCGGGAAAAUGGAUGUGCAAGCAAUGUGGGGUAAAUAGGUCAGAAUUGCUUUUACUUCCUUGUAGGCAUUUGUGUCUGUGUACAGUUUGUGGGUCCGGGAUUCUCAAUUGCCCUCUUUGUGCUUCUGCUGUUAAUGCUAGUGUUCAGGUUAAUUUCUGUUAAUGACUUUAUUCAAUAUACUUUAGUAUCAAUUUUUUUUGUUAGGGAAACUUUGAAUUUUGAAUUCA